AUGGCAACCCCUAUACAACCAACAAUUAAGAUAAAUGAUCUUGACCAUGACAAUGACUAUAACAAUGACAAUGACCAUAACAAUGACAAUGACCAUGACGUUGACAGUGACCAUGACAAUGACUAUAACAAUGACAAUGACCAUAACAAUGACAAUGACCAUGACGUUGACAGUGACCAUGACAAUGACUAUAACAAUGACAAUGACCAUAACAAUGACAAUCACCAUGACGUUGACAGUAACCAUGACAAUGACCAUAACAAUGACAAUGACAUUGGCAGUGACCAUGACAAUGACCAUAACAAUGACCAUAACAAUGACAAUGACCAUGACAAUGACCAUAACAAUGACAAUGACAUUGGCAGUGACCAUGACAAUGACCAUAACAAUGACCAUAACAAUGACAAUGACCAUGACAAUGACCAUAACAAUGACAAUGACAUUGGCAGUGACCAUGACAAUGACCAUAACAAUGACCAUAACAAUGACAAUGACAAUGACAUUGACAGUGACCAUGACAAUGACCAUAACAAAAACAAUAAUAUCAAUAUMAAUAUCAGCAAACUUGAAAAUAUUUUUGAGUUCCUUGUGCUGUUUGUAUUGUCAAUAUGCUUCGUUACUCUAAGGUUGGCAUCUGUCGACAGGUUGUUUGGUGCUCCUGUUGUCUGGAUUGUGUUGGUAGUCAAUGGCUGUCUUUUGAUAGUUUUAGUGUGUUGCAUCAUUUAUCAAGUGUUAGGUUUUAAUCCUAGAUGGUGUUUUAGAAGAUUGAACGCAUGGUUUGAUUAUCGCGUUGGAGUACGAGCUUGGCUCGUGCAGCUGCGGAACCCAGUUGAAGGGUAUGAAUGGUUAGAGUGAAACCUAGUUCUGUGUAAUAGUAAUUAUUUGUUCAAUUUAUGAAAAACUGAAACGAUUUUUUUGGAUAGCACUAAUUGUUCUCUGUGYUUUWGCGAGGAAUUGGAUUGUGGUGCUACUGCUGGACAUAUUGUUUGCCCAAAAACACUGUUUGGUUAUUCGAAAUGAUAAAUUGUGAUUAGUUCAGAUAUCUAGUCAUAUUAUACACAAAACCCAUCUAGCCGUGUUCAUGAGACAACUUCUAUAUAUUUUUUACUAUGCGUUUUUAAACGCAAUCAAUUAAAAUUAAAAUUAAAGUUGAUAAAUAAAAUUAAAAUUAAAAUUGAUAAAUAAUAGGGAUCACGAUGUAGAUUAAAAUGCACGUAAAUGAACUUUGCACGUCAACAAAAAAAGUAUUCAUUCUUUGAUGGAUAGAGGUCUUCUGUCCACAUGAAAAAUAAGAUGAAAAUAAAACAGUUAUACCUGAAAGCGCAUGAUUUUUUAGGGUAUUAAAUCAAGAAAAUUG